AUGGUCCUUCAUAUUGACUUGUUUCGGGCUGAAAAAGGUUCAGACGUAAAUAUCAUAUAUGAAAGUGAAAAGAAAAGAUAUUCUGAGAAAAAAUGGGCGGAUGAAGUUAUAGAGUUCGACCGGGAGUGGAGGAAAGAUUUGACUCGUGUUUCUCUUGAUCAGUUGCAAAAACUUUCAGUACACCAUUGUGUUGAGUUUAAAAAACUUCUGGAAAAGGCAAUUGCAACUUCCAAUGAACUAAAAAUUAGUCUCGAUGCGAAAAGGCAAGAAGCCUUAAGAAAGAUUGGGAACAUCGUUCAUCAUUCAGUUCCUGUGCACGAUGACGAAUCUUAUAACGAAGUUAUCCGGACUUUUGGUUCGGGGAUUGCACCGCAACAAAAAAGUAUUCUCAUCGCGAUCUCAUUGUUAUGA